GUGUCCCAGCUUCAUGCCAGACCCACCACACCUGAGUCAGCAGAAAGUUUGUAGUGGGGGAGUUGUCCCUACAAAAUACUUCAGAUACGUUUUCCUGGGCAAGGUGAGUUUCCAUGCAGCAUUUUGCUCCAUGUUCUCACAGCCUUUCGCUUCUGGCACUCCUUGCUUAAAAGUCCACCUCCAGUAGCUUUUGGAACCUGAGAUUUAUUGAUGUGAACCCAGGAGGAGAUUAGGCAGCGCUGGCAGGAUCAGGGGCUGUGUGAGAGCUGGAGCUGGCGGCAGCAGCAGCAGCAUGCGUGCGGCGUCUGAGGCUCAGGGCGCGAGAACCACGUAAGGUGCCCGCCGGAGCCUCCCCCUUCACCUGCCUCUGCUUCCUUCAGCACAAACUUCACGGCUCCCUCACGCACGGUCCGGGCUUCUCCGGCGAGGCUUGGCAGCGACAGCCGCAUGCAUGACACUCCGAAAAGGAGAGAAAAUGACCAUAAGUAUCCAGGAGCACAUGGCUAUUGACGUCUGCCCCGGCCCCAUCAAACCCAUCAAGCAGAUCUCCGACUACUUCCCCCGUUUCCCACGCGGGCUCCCCGCUGGUGUUGGCCGCAGCAGCACCCUGCGCUCCGCUGUCAGCCAGCCCUCUGUCAGCCCCGCCGAGGCGCCCCGCGAAGAGGAUGAGGACGUGGACCAGCUUUUCGGGGCAUAUGGCACAACACCCACGGAGCAGCCAGCCAAGUGCCAGGCACCCGAGGAGGUGGUGGACCCCGAGGGCUACGAGUCCGAUGACUGCACCACUCUGGGGACGCUGGAUUUCAGCUUGCUCUAUGAUCAGGAAAACAACGCUCUCCACUGCACGAUCAAUAAAGCCAAGGGCCUGAAGCCGAUGGACCAUAAUGGUUUGGCGGAUCCAUAUGUCAAAUUGCACUUGCUCCCCGGAGCCAGUAAGGCGAAUAAGCUGAGAACCAAAACGCUGCGGAACACUCUGAACCCCACCUGGAACGAGACGCUCACCUACUACGGCAUCACCGACGAGGACAUGAUCCGCAAGACCCUGCGCAUCUCGGUCUGCGAUGAGGACAAGUUCCGCCACAACGAGUUCAUUGGAGAGACGCGGAUCCCGCUGAAGAAACUAAAGCCCAACCAGACCAAAAACUUCAGCAUCUGCCUGGAGAAGCAGCUGCCGAUAGAUAAAACAGAGGACAAGUCGCUGGAGGAGCGGGGACGGAUCCUCAUCUCCCUCAAGUACAGCUCACAGAAGCAGGGGCUGCUGGUGGGCAUCAUCCGCUGCGCCCACCUCGCUGCCAUGGACGCCAAUGGCUACUCCGACCCCUACGUCAAGAUUUACUUGAAACCAGAUGAGGACAAGAAAUCAAAGCAUAAGACGGCGGUGAAGAAGAAGACGCUGAACCCCGAGUUCAAUGAGGAGUUUUGCUAUGAAAUAAAGCAUGGGGACCUGGCAAAAAAGACCUUGGAAGUCACAGUGUGGGACUAUGAUAUCGGGAAAUCAAAUGAUUUCAUAGGUGGAGUUGUGUUGGGCAUUAACGCCAAGGGUGAGCGGCUGAAGCACUGGUUCGACUGCCUGAAAAACAAGGACAAGAAAAUCGAGCGCUGGCACACGCUAACGAAUGAGCUGCCGGGGGCCGUCCUCAGCGACUGA